AUGUUGACAAGGAAUAUAGCAAACCAUCUGAGAAAUCUUUGUGUUCGUCGGUAUGCUUCGACAGAUUUGAGUUUGGUUUCAAAGAAAUACCCCAUAGGGCUGAAGUUGCAUGGAUUCGAGAUCCAGAACACUCGAUUGGUGCCGGAGUUUUCCUUGGUGGCUGUAUUACUAAAACAUGAAGCAAGUGGUGCUCAGCAUCUACACUUGGACUCGCCAAACGACCACAAUAAUGUGUUUCUGAUUGCCUUCAAGACAAAUGCACCAGACGCUACUGGUGUACCACACAUUCUUGAGCACACCACUCUUUGCGGGUCUUCAAAGUUUCCGGUUCGAGAUCCUUUUUUUAAAAUGACAAAUCGAAGUUUAAGCAAUUUCAUGAAUGCAAUGACAGGUCACGAUUAUACAUUUUACCCAUUUGCCACCACCAAUUCAAAAGAUUUUGACAAUUUGUUGGACGUAUAUCUAUCUUCUGUAUUUCAACCUUUGCUCACAUCAAACGACUUUUUGCAAGAAGGUUGGAGAUUGGAAAAUUCAGACGUCCAAGAUAUCAACAGUAAGUUGGAGUUUAAAGGAGUAGUAUUCAACGAGAUGAAAGGACAAUACUCAAAUUCGAUGUAUUAUUUUUACAUCAAAUUUUUGGAAUCCAUCUAUCCAUCAUUGAACAACUCAGGUGGUGAUCCGCUUAAUAUCACUGAUUUAACUCAUCAACAACUUUUAGAAUUUCAUUCCAAAAAUUAUACCCCUUCGAAUGCAAAAUCAUUUACUUAUGGCAAUUUAGGUUUGGAUAAUCAUUUGAGGCAUAUUAACUUGUAUUACACACAAUAUACUCUGCAUGGAAAAAAUAUGCCGUUGCUGAAUCACAAGAGGGAAAAGCAGUCAGAGACAGAUAUCAAGCUUCCAAUAUUCGAAACAAAGAAGCAACUUAAUUACGAUGUGAUUGUAAAAGGACCAGUAGACACAAUGUCCAACAAACCUGUUGCAGAACAAUUCCAUUCAUCAAUCACUUGGUAUUUGGGAAAUCCAUUGAAAGCAAACAUGCAAUUUAAGGUUUUCAAAUGGAAAGUAUUGGGAUCCUUAUUGUUUGAUGGUCAUAACUCUCCAUUAUACCAAGAGUUGAUUGAAACGGGCUAUUCCGAAGAUUUUUCCGCAAACUCUGGAUUGGACUCUACUUCUGCAUUGUUUUCAUUUACCAUAGGCUUGAACUUUUUGACAAAAGCAAAAGCAGACGCUUUAACAUCCAAAGUAGAGGAUAUUAUACAACGAAAAGUCUUACCUGAGCUAAGGAACACAAGCAGUCUGUAUCAUAAGCGUGUUCUGGCUUUGUUACAUCAAUUUGAGAUAGGUUUGAAGAAACACAAACCAGAUUUCGGAUUUGGUUUAUUAAGCUCGAUAGUGUCAAGCUGGACAAAUGGUGUUGAUCCUAUUGAGCUGUUGAAAGUGGAAGAAAUAUUAACCUUGUUCAAAAAUGAGUUUGAAUCACGAGGUUUAUCUAUGUUUGAAGAUCUUUUAAAUGAGUCCAUAUUAAACAAAAACUCACAAACUUUCAAGUUCACUAUGGAACCUGAUUUGAACUUUAAUAAAAAUUUGGCAAAUCUUGAAAGCAAGAAUCUUGAACAAAAGAUAUCGCAAUUGACAGACAAAGACAGAAAUGAACUAUACAAUAGAAAUAUUGGCUUGGUGGAAUACCAAAGACAAGAAGAGGACGUUAGUGUAUUACCCACUCUUACUAUUCAGGAUAUACCACAACAAGGUGAUUCGUAUCCACUUAUCAAUACAAAAAAUAAUGAAGGUUUGUCCAUUAGUAGAAGAGUUGUUGAUACUAACGGAUUGGUGUAUAUUAGCGGUUUAAAGUCUUUGGAUCUGCUUCCAAUUGAAUGGUACAAGUAUUUGCCAAUAUUUAGCAGUUGCCUCACCAACUUGGCAGGUACAGCGCGCACACCAAUAACCGAUUUAGAAACCGUUAUACAAACAUACACAGGUGGUCUCUCUUUUGGUGCCAAAAUUGCUGCAGACCCAUAUAAUAUCAACAAGAUGAAAUUGCAGUACCUGAUAUCUGGGGUUGCACUUGAGAAGAAUGCGCCACGCAUUUAUGAUUUGUGGCAUGAGAUUUUGAGCGAGACUAGAUUUACCGAUGACAAUGACGUUUUGGAAAAACUUACUACACUUGUACGCAAUUUGGGUCAAAAUCAAAUCAACAAUAUAGCCGACCGCGGCCAUUCUUUUGCUUGUGGUGAAAGCAACUCUCGCUUAACCCCAGCAAAAUUUGCUGCAGAACAGAUGAAUGGUAUAACACAGGUGCAGUUGAUAAUGGAGAUGAACAAGAGCCUUGAUGCACAUGGUGCAGAAUAUUUGAAAAAUGAGCUCUUGCCAAUAUUGAGGAAGAUUCAGAGUUUUGUGCUCGCUGGACAAUUCAAGUAUAGAAUAGUUGGAAAUAAAGAUAUCGUCACGGAAAAUGAAUCAUUAAUAACCAAAUUUGAUGAAAGGAUAUCCACUUAUGAUCCCAUUUCUGUGGCAACAAAAGGUGAUGGCUCUGUAUCCGGUGCUGAUAUUGGCAUUGUGAAUCUCAUGAACCAUAAAUUUGACAGCUACAACCCCAAUUUAGAAAAGGUGUUGGUUAAUCUUCCUUUCCAAGUUGGAUAUUCAAGUUUAGCAAAGACUGGUGCGCCAUAUAGUUCUAGGGAUGGUGCGGCUUUGCAAAUCUUGUCACAGCUAUACACUUUUAAAAAUUUGCAUUCGAAAAUUAGAGAGUCAAAUGGUGCAUAUGGAGGAGGCUUGAAUUAUGAUGGCUUGGGAGGGAUACUAGAUUUCUAUUCUUAUAGAGACCCUAACCCAAUAAAGUCUAUUGAAACUUUUCAAUCUUCCUUUGCUUACGGCUUGGAUGCCAACUGGGAUUCGAAAGACCUAACAGAAGCAAAAUUACGAAUUUUCCAAAGCGUCGAUGCGCCAAUUAAUGUUGCGAGUCAGGGUGCAACCGAGUUUUAUGAAGGAAUUUCUGACACAUUGAGACAAGAACGACGAGACAAUUUCCUUGAUAUCAAUAAUCAAGACUUGAUGAAUGUCACCGAAAAGUAUCUCUUGAACCUGAGAGAUGCCAUCACUGUUAUUGCAAAUAAUGAUACAUUGAAGGUGGGUGAAGAUUGGAAUGUUAAAAACUUGCAAAACUUAGAGGGUACAUAA